AUGUCUAAUCCACUCAAUUCAUUUCGAAUGGGAACUCAAUCAUCACCAACAACUGCACAAAAAACCAAUACUGUGAAUAUGCUAAGUGAGAAUGAACAAUUUCCUGUGGAGAUUAACACUGCCUCAGAAAUUGAGAGUUCUACCUUCAAAAGUCAAUCAGAAGCAAGUCCUACUGCAAAUGAACAAUCUCCCUCUACAGUUUCUAAACUCAAAAGCUUUUUCAAAAAGAGAAGACACUCCACACCCAAUAAUUCUACGUUAACCACUGAAGAACCAAGCAUUAAUAAUCGUACUAGUAGUGAACAAACUCCAACCUCACCAGCAUUCACAUUUCAAAACGAUAAACUCUCACUCCAUGUAACUUUCAAAGAGGAUCACAACAAGCAGAAUAGAAUUCGCUCAUCACCAGUUCCUUUGUCAACCCUCAAUGCAAUUUUAGCUUCAAACCCUCUCGAUGAAGCAUUUGAGAAUCUGCAAGGAGAGAAAUCCUCUCCCAACGAUAAUAAGGCAAAGAGUAAAAAACCGCGGCAUAACUACAGUAAAUUCUCCAGGAGGAAGAAGAAACAUCACCUCAAUCAAGAAGGGGAAGGAAUGAAUGAUACUAAUACUCUUAUGGAACCUCCUACUACGUAG